GUGCAGUUUUUUUAAUUUUUUUAUUUUCAGGUCAGUGUCAUAUAUUGUGAAUAGUAGUCCCCCCCUUCAUAUCUCAGUGAGGUUCAGGACGGCACUGCCGGCUGUAAUCCAUGGAAUACUCACCUAGAGUCGUCCUCAUGUAUUGUCAUUUUCUGUCAUGUUGAGGUCUCGUUCCUCUUUGUGUCAUAAACCUUCUUUAUAUGUGCAGGAAAUAUGGAGGUUUGGUCUGUGAAAUCCUUAUAAUAUGUUGUAUGUGAUAUAAUAUGGAGAAUUACAUCUAUGUGAGAUAAAGAUGGAGAGUCCUGUGUAUGGUGUCAUGUCUGGAGGUGGAGGGACACAAGACAUCAUGGUUCCCAGUAUACAUGUUGUUGUGCUCUCCCCCUCCCCCACCUUUUCCCCACAGGUUGUUUCUGUACUUAGUUAUUCUGCCCAGCAACAGCUGUUCUGAUAAGAGAUGGAUUCCUGGUUCUGAUUGGACGUCCAGAUUCUGCCCAGCAACCAAGAUCUUCUGCCCAGCGAUGCUUCUGCCCCCCAACAGCAUUCUGAUUGGCUACAGGCCCAACGACGGGAACAGGUUUUUCCCCCUAAAUACAGGACUCUGGUGUCUCCAGCUCAGUCAGCCUGUGGUGAAGAUUAGGAGAAGAGAAGUCAUGUGUGGACAUGUUUAUUAUUAUAGUUCUGGUCUAUAAUAUGGAAUCUUUACAGGAAAGUUCUGGAGGAACAAUGAGUGGACUAGAAAACCCCAUAUCAGAGAAUGGAGAGAAGCCAUUGUCAUAUACAGAAUGUGGAAAAUAUUUUAGUAAGAAAUCACAUCUUAUAACUCAUGAGAGAACUCACACAGGAGGGAAACCAUUUUCAUGUCCGGAAUGUGUGAAGAGUUUUAGUAAGAAAUCACAUCUUGUGGAACAUAUAAAAACUCACACAGGAGAGAAGCCAUUUUCAUGUCCGGAAUGUGUGAAGUGUUUUACACGAAAAGCACAUUUUGUGGAUCAUAUGAGAACUCACACAGGAGAGAAGCCAUUUUCAUGUCCUGAUUGUGUGAAGUGUUUUAGAUAUAAAUCACAUUUUGUGGAUCAUAUAAAAACUCACACAGGAGAGAAGCCAUUUUCAUGUCCAGAAUGUUUGAAGAGUUUUACACAAAAAGCAAUUCUUGUGGAUCAUAUGAGAACUCACACGGGAGAGAAGCCAUUUUCAUGUCCGGAAUGUGUGAAGAGUUUUACACGAAAAGCAACUCUUGUUAAUCAUAUUAGAACUCACACAGGAGAGAAGCCAUUUUCAUGUCCAGAAUGUGUGAAGUGUUUUAGUAAGAAAUCACAUCUUGUGGAACAUAUAAAAACUCACACGGGAGAGAAGCCAUUUUCAUGUCCAGAAUGUAUGAAGUGGUUUACACAAAAAACAAAUCUUGUGGAUCAUAUGAGAACUCACACAGGAGAGAAGCCAUUUUCAUGUCCAGAAUGUGUGAAGUGUUUUAAGAAUAAAUCAUAUCUUGUGGAUCAUAUAAGAACUCACACAGGAGAGAAGCCAUUUUCAUGUCCAGAAUGUGGAAAAUACUUUAGUAAAAAAUCACAUCUUGUUUCUCAUCAGAGAACUCACACAAAAGAGUAGCAAUUUUCAUGUCCAGAAUGUGUGAAGUGUUUUACACAGAAAGAAACUCUUUUUCAUCAUAUGAGAACUCACACGGGAGAGAAACCAUUUUUUGUGCAUGGAAUGUAGUAACUGUUUUACUACGAAAUCACAUUUUGUUAUCCAUCAAAAAAUUCACACAGGAGAGAAGCCAUGUUCAUGUUCAGAAUGUGGAAAAUCAUUUACUAAAGAAACAACUCUUGUGGGACACCAGAGAACUCACACAGGAGAAAAAACAUGUUUAUGUCCUGAAUGUGCAAAGUGUUUUACUAAUAAAAACAAGUCUUGAGGGACAUCUGAGAAGUCACACAAGAGAGAAGCCAUUGUCAUAUAUAGUAUGUGGAUAAUGUGUUAACCAAAUAUCGAAUCUGUGGAUCAUCUAAGAACUCAGACAAAGGAGAAGUUAUUUUCAUGUUUAGAAUGUGUAAAAAUUUUUGUCCAAAAUAAAAUC